UUUGUCCAAUGGGUGGCAGCAGUAGCAGCAGCAGGUUGUUUGGUACACUGGCCCAGCCACUGAACAGCGCCCCCUUGGCCCAACCAGACCCAUACCUGGAGGACACCCCAGACCAGGACCCGGCUGAGAUCGACCCGGACCAGCUGCUCAGAGAGUGCGAGGAGGCCCUGCAGAGACGUCCGGCCCGGCCACAUCGGGAUCUGGUCUAUCCCACCGGCAUUGCGCCCUGCCGCCACAAGCACAACCCCCCCGUACGGAUUAUGCAGUGGAAUAUACUUGCACAAGCUCUUGGUGAGGGGAAAGACGGGUUUAUCCGCUGUCCACUGGAUGCUCUCAACUGGCAGGAAAGGAAAUACCUGAUCCUGGAGGAGAUCCUCACCUACCGCCCCGACAUUGUGUGUCUACAGGAAGUGGACCACUACUAUGACACUUUCCAGCCAAUCAUGGCCAGCCUGGGUUACCACGGCACCUUCCUGGCCAAACCCUGGUCUCCCUGUCUGGACGUAGAGCAGAAUAACGGUCCUGACGGCUGCGCUCUGUUUUACCGCCGCUCCCGCUUCUCCCUCCAGGCUACCUCUCACCUGCGGCUGUCGGCCAUGAUGCUGCCCACCAACCAAGUGGCCAUCGUCCAGACGCUGGACUGCCAGGUAACGGGCCGCCGGCUGUGCGUGGCCGUCACCCAUCUCAAAGCUCGUAGCGGCUGGGAGAGGUUGCGGAGCGCACAAGGCGCCGACCUACUGCAAAGUUUACGCAGCAUAACGUCCCGAGGUGGCAGCAGCCAGAGCGAGGCAGCCUCGGCCAGUGCGCCUUUAGUAGUGUGUGGGGACUUUAACGCAGAGCCCUCGGAGGACGUGUACCGCCGCUUCAGCUCCUCCCCCCUCGGCCUGAACUCUGCAUACAAGCUGCUGAGCUCUGACGGACAGACGGAGCCGGCCUAUACCACAUGGAAGAUCCGCCCCUCUGGAGAGAGCUGCAGCACUCUGGACUACAUCUGGUAUACCCACGAUGCUUUGAGCGUGGAGUGCCUGUUGGACAUUCCCACAGAGGAGCAGAUCGGCCCAGACCGCCUCCCCUCCUACCACUACCCCUCCGACCAUCUAUCACUGCUCUGUGACAUCAGCUUCAGGGAGGAGGCGCACAGACUGAGGCUGACCGCCAGUCACAGCAGCCCUGGACCAAUAGGAGGGCUGGGUGAGUGGACCGCUAGAAACAACACUGAACCCUUACUGUAAAGCAGGGGGACAGCGUCUGCUGCUUUGGGUUGGCUCAUUCUGAAGCACAUUGACGGCGGGACCAGUGAAACCUGAUUGGAACGUGAAUAAUAUGAGACAGACACAAAGCCACCAAGCUGGUUCACUUUCUCUAAUGGUAUUUUAGAGAUCGUCAGAAUGGACAUCACCUCUGCUGGAAAAACAAAUGGAGUUUGAAGUUUGGAUUUGAUUCAGUUGAAGUUCAGCUGAAAUGGCAGCUAAGGGCUUCAUCUGCCGAAGUUCCUGGAAGCCAGCUGUGGUUAUUUAUUGUUUCCAAUGCGCACAUAAGAUUAUUAUCACUUAAUGUUAUUAAAUGAUUCUUUCUACUUUCUGUCAGUGGGUUAGACCAUAAUCAACAUCUUUUCCUAUUGUGUUUUAAAAUAAGUGAUUUUGCUUUGAAGUAAUCCUGGAUGGUUCUUCAGUUUGACAUUGGUAAUCAUGACAGUGUUGUUGCUGUGAUUACAUUAAACAGGAGAUAUGUUCAUGUUAAUAUAUAUAAUAAAGUCAUUAUUUGUACUCUUA